AUGUUCAUCUACAGCAUUCGCAGCCUUCUUGGAUGCUUCCUCACGUCUCCUCUUGUCUGUGCAUUUCUCUUCAUUUAUGCAACGGAGCAAAUCCUCGUCACGGCAUCCGAGUCCACAUCUCCCUCGCCUCCCAGCGCCAUAGUGAAUCUCCGUAUCGAGGGGGCUUUCCACACGAUCUACGAAGCGCCUAUUUUCACGACCCCGCAUAACGUCACGACCGCGCUGGGCGGAACGCAUCCUUGUAACGGCCUCAAUUACGGCGCAAACCCCUUCCCUGGACCGACGUGCACCAGCGCGCUGGACGAUGCAGCCCGGUCGGCGGGGUUUACGUGGGAUGGGCCAUUCUAUGACACAUACGACGACUACUUCAUCACGCGCAUCGCGCACUCCGCCGCGAACGCGAACACGUCCUGGGGCAUCCUCCUCAACUUCGCGUUUACCCCCGUCGGCGGGUGCCAGCAAGAAGUGGGCACCGGCGCACAUGUCCUCUUUGCGUACGACGCGUUCAAUGCCGCGCACUUCCUCGCUCUGACCGUUGACGGAUCUUCCACUGUGCAUGCCGGCGAGCCUGUAACGCUCGUCGUUACUGAUGGAAUGACGGGUUACCCGUUGGAAGGCGCAAAGGUAUACGCGGAGUCCGGCGGGGAGGAGCUCGUGACAGACGGGACGGGAAAGGUUACGUUCACUUUUAAGGACCCCAGCGUUGUCGUAUUCAAAGCGGAGCAGACUGGCUCGAUACGAUCGAAUCGCGCUAAAGUUACGAUUACUUCGUAG